CAUGGGGCCAUUUCCAAUCACUCGAGCGGGAAACCGGUACAUCAUUGUGGCCGUAGAUUACUUCUCUAAACUAGUUCUCGCCCAACCAGUUCCGUCCUGUGCGGCAGGACCCAGCAUUACAUUCCUAAAUGAUUGGGUUAUCAACCGCCAUGGGGUCCCGCAUCACAUCGUAUCCGACCAAGGCUCCGCCUUUACUUCAGCAGCCUGGCGUGAUACGCUCUCAUCACUAGGGAUAAUACACACGCUAGCGACCACGGAACGGCCGCAAACCAAUGGCUUGGUAGAACGGCAGAACGCCGUCAUAAUGGACAAACUCGUGGCGUUCGUAGACAAGAAGGAAAGCUGGGACGAAGGCCUCCAAAGUUCAGUCUUUGCAAUCAACACCGACGUCCAUACAGCCACGAAAUUCUCUCCGUUUGAAGUCAUAUUUGGCUUCCCGGCACGCCUACCAGUCGAAACUGACUUCCCUUGGCCCGAAGAUAGUGACCCGGAAACCCGGAGAGACCACAUCUGGAGCCAAGUGAGAGAAAAUGUCAUCGCGGACCAAGCGCGGCAGAAAACAAACCACGAUGCAAAACACAGAAAAGCGGAAGAAUACAAACCAGGCGAUCUCGUGACGGUGCGGCGGAAGCAGGUGAAAAAGGGGUUGUGCAGGAAGUUCUCCCAGCGCAACAUCGGUCCCUUCCAAAUCGUGCGGAAGCUUGGCCCAAGUACCUUCGAGGUGGAAGACCUUCCAUCCCGCCGUACGGCCACCAGGUGGCGAGUGUUCAAUGCCCAUGUAGCCCAGAUGAACCGCUACGUCACCAAACAAGGCACAGACACGGAAUCAUCCAGCCAAGCAAGCCCGGAGGAGACGGAUUCAUCGUCCUCCCACUCAUCGGCCCGGUCGUUAGACGAGCAUUUUUCGUCAGCCAGCGACUCAUCAUCUAACGAGGAAUCGUCGUCUUCCCAUUCGCCCUCGGUUUCAAGCGACUCGGCAUCUAACGAAGAAUCGUCGUCUUCCCGUUCGCCCUCUGUUUCAAGCGUUUCCGGACCGUCUCCACAGCGUUUGUCUCCGUCAUCUGAUUCGUCCUCGUCGUCUUCAUCGUUCCCCUCACGGAACAACGCGAGCCCGGAACCAAGAAGCUCGUUGGAUGGCCUCCAGUCGCCGUCGGCUUCCGGUAGGAGCGUCUCUGAAGCUGUCCCGCUUUCCCCAACGAUUCCACUCGGUCUCGGAGAUUUAGUUUGGGCGUACAUCCCAGGCUACCCACUAUGGCCAGCACUCAUCACCCAAGACCCUGUCUCCUCCGUACACACCAAAACGAAGUCCGUCGGAAGAACCAAAAUUCGGUUUUUCCAUGUUGAGUUCUACGCGGACAACGGAGCACGGAGUUGGCUGUCGGCCAAAAUGUUGUUCCAUUUCAGCGGGGGCGUAGAAGAACUACUGGCAGGAAACGGCGAAUUCUGCAAGCACGUCCAAACUAAGAGCAAGGUCUUUAAAUCUCUCCAUCAAGCAAUCCGCACCCAAAGAAAAGACUGGCAGCUCGCUGUAGCAGAAGCCAGGAACGCCUUUCGCCUAGCGGCCCAGCAACGAAUAAUUUCGCUCAGGUCCUCUUAAGUCACUUUGCCCCAUCACCUACACCACCUCGUCCCCACUGACUUUCCCUUCUACACCAAUCAACGCCACUCUGGUGUAACUGAAAUAAGCGGGGCCCUGCCUAUAUGUUGUGUUCCCUAAAUGUUAUAUUCUUUGUUGUACGUGCCUCUCUAUUCUUUAUGUUCAACGUAAUACUUAUGGAUAACGUUUUGUGCGUGAUAUGCUGUCUCUACUCCUCCCCCAGUUUCCCCAACGAAGUUUGCAAAGUAAUUAUCAGUUCUACCUUUUGUGUACGACAAAAUGAUUUGGGAAAGUAAGGUUAGGGCGUAAAAUCUUUAGUCAUUAUUAGCUAAACCCGGCGCUCUCCUUAUAUUUCUGGUUGAUGUCUGGAUUCCCACCUUGGAUUGGGUCUGUACCCAUUGUUUCGUAUUUUGUCUGAAUUUAUGUCUUGU